AUGACAAAAUAUCUAGCUCUUUUUUUUCUUAAAUUUGCACAGCCUUGACAGUACGUGGACGCCUCGAGUAAAGAGUUAUAUAUAAACCAUCUAUAGUCUCCUUGAAAUACCUCCCAGAAAAGAAAAAUCAAAAAUACCACUUCUCCUAUCGCUUCUACAUCCUAUUUACAACCGGUCUUGGCAAUAACCAAUAAUUCCCAACCUUGCCUCAUCUAAUAACGUUGUCGACGACGACGACGACGACGACAACAGCGAAGCUAGUGGCGAUGUCUCAAGGCGGAGUAGAAAAUUGGUGGUAUAAAAACCAUAUGGACGAGAAGAAAUUCCCUAACCUGCCAAUCAAGAGGGAAUUAAUCUAUCGCAUCUUCCGGGCCGCGUAUCCCCAUGGCGCAUUUGUCGACGACGAUCUCAAACUGGUAGAGCUGCGAAGCAAAGAGGAUAUCUGGCACAAGCUAAUGCGCGAGUUCGCCCACGCCCGCAAGGACCUUGAUUCCUUCGUCUCGGGCCUGUGCGACGCAUACAGCGUGUCCUCCGCCGACCGGGCUACGCUAAAGCACUACUACACCAUGCUGUUGGACGAGGCGGAGGGAUCGCUGUUCAGGUCGCAGAACGGACGGUACUUCGAGUUCAGAUGCAUCGAAGAGCUGCUGGUGCGGUAUAGGACGACGUCUCCGGACGAGUGGGCGUUGUGCACAUUUGAUACCGCCUUGCCUCCGAUUGCAGGAUAUAUGUACGCGGCUAGAGCUCUGGUCAACAGUAAAGAGUCCGAACUGCAUUUCUUCACCGAGAACUAUUUGACUAAGGAUGGACAUGUGCAGUUUAUUUUACAAUAGGGACCAAUACACACCUAGCGAAGCAGUUGGGGACUGGGUAUGAAUGGGGGCUAGGUAUUAAGGGGCGAGACUCGGUAUUGAUAUUUUAAUCAUUAAUGGCUAAUAAAAGUUCUAUGCAUACGACUGCAGUUAUUAACAUGACUUCA